CCAGCCGCAGGCCCCAAGCCAUCGGCCGCUGGGGGCCACCAGGUGGCAGGUGGGGCCGCGGUGGCCUGCGCAGCCGCCUGCUCCUCCCCGCGCGCUUGCAGUCCGCAGACUUUGAGGUUCGCGCGCGGGGCAGGCGCGUCGCGCCCGGCAGGACCGGGACUGCCCAGAGUUAACCAUGAAGAGCCUCAAGUCCCGCCUGAGGAGGCAGGACGCGCCCGGCUCGGCGUCGUCCGGCGCCGCCGCCGCCGCCAGCGCGCAUGUAGCAGAUUGGAACAAAUAUGAUGACCGACUGAUGAAAGCAGCAGAAAGGGGAGAUGUAGAAAAAGUGUCCUCAAUCCUUGCCAAAAAGGGCGUCAAUCCAGGCAAACUAGAUGUGGAAGGCAGAUCUGCCUUCCAUGUCGUGGCCUCAAAGGGGAAUCUUGAGUGUUUGAAUGCCAUCCUUAUACAUGGAGUUGACAUCACGACCAGUGAUACCGCAGGAAGAAAUGCUCUUCACCUGGCUGCAAAGUACGGACAUGCAUUGUGCCUACAGAAACUCCUGCAGUACAAUUGUCCCACUGAACAUGUGGACCAGCAGGGAAGAACCGCACUCCACGAUGCUGCUAUGGCAGACUGUCCUUCUAGCAUACAGCUGCUUUGUGAUCAUGGUUCCUUGGUGAAUGCCAAAGAUGUAGAUGGACGGACACCACUUGUUCUGGCUACUCAGAUGUGUAGGCCAACAAUAUGUCAACUGCUGAUAGAUAAAGGAGCGGAUAUUAAUUCCAGAGACAAACAAAACAGAACUGCUCUGAUGCUGGGUUGCGAGUAUGGUUGCAAAGACGCUGUAGAAGUCUUGAUUAAAAAUGGUGCUGAUGUAAGCUUGCUGGAUGCCCUGGGCCAUGACAGUUCCUACUAUGCGAGAAUUGGCGACAAUCUGGACAUUCUAACCUUACUAAAGACGGCAUCGGAAAAUACCACCAAAGGGAGAGAACUUUGGAAGAAAGGACCAUCUUUACAACAGCGAAAUUUGACGCACAUGUUAGAUGAAGUAAAUAUGAAGUCAAAUCAGAGGGAGCAUCAAAACUUUCAGGAUCUGGAGAUUGAAAAUGAAGAAUUGAAAGAUCGGUUGAGAAAAACUCAGCAAGAACAGAGAAUAUUAUUGGAUAAAGUCAAUGGUUUACAACUACAGCUGAAUGAGGAAGUAAUGGUUGCUGAUGAUCUGGAAAGUGAGAAGGAAAAGCUGAAAUCCCUUUUGGCGGCUAAAGACAAGCAAUAUGAAGAAAGCUUAAGAACUAUUGAGGCUCUGAAAAAUAGAUAUAAAUAUUUUGAGAGUGAUCAUUUAGGAUCAGGAAGUCAUUUCAGUAACCGAAAAGAAGAUAUGCUUCUUAAACAAGGUCAAAUGUACAUGACAGACACACAGUGUACUUCCUCAGGUAUGCCAGCACAUAUGCAAAGCAGAUCUAUGUUAAGGCCACUGGAGCUAUCCUUACCCAAUCAAACCUCAUAUUCUGAAAAUGAAAUUUUAAAGAAGGAGUUAGAGGCAAUGAGAACUUUCUGCGAGUCAGCAAAACAAGACCGCCUUAAGCUCCAGAACGAACUGGCUCAUAAGGUGGCCGAGUGCAAAGCUUUAGCACUAGAAUGUGAGAGGGUGAAGGAGGACUCAGAUGAACAGAUAAAGCAGUUGGAAGACGCACUAAAAGACGUGCAGAAGAGAAUGUACGAGUCGGAAGGCAAAGUGAAGCAAAUGCAGACACAUUUUCUUGCCCUCAAAGAGCAUCUGACAAGUGAAGCAGCUACAGGGAGCCACAGACUCACGGAGGAACUGAAGGACCAGCUGAAAGACAUGAGAGUGAAAUACGAAGGCGCGUCAGCAGAAGUGGGAAAGCUACGAAACCAGAUGAAACAAAAUGAGAUGUUAGUGGAAGAGUGUAAGCGCGAUGAAGGCAAGCUGAUAGAAGAAAACAAGCGACUGCAGAAGGAAUUCAGUAUGUGUGAAAUGGAGCGAGAGAAGAAAGGGAGAAAGGUCACAGAGAUGGAAGGCCAACUGAAAGAAUUGUUAGCAAAGUUAGCCCUUUCCAUUCCAGCAGAAAAAUUUGAAAACAUGAAGAGCGUGUUAUCAAAUGAAGUAAAUGAGAAGGCAAAAAGACUAGUUGAGAUGGAAAGGGAAUAUGAAAAAUCACUUAGUGAAAUUAGACAGUUAAAGAGAGAAGUUGAGAAUUUUAAGGCCAAGCUUGCUCAACAUAUCAAACCAGAGGAACAUGAGCAGCUCAAGAGCAGACUAGAGCAAAAAUCAGGAGAACUUGGGAAGAAGAUCACUGAGUUAACAUCGCAAAAUCAAUCGUUACAAAAGGAAAUCGAAAAGGUUUAUCUGGAUAAUAAACUCCUCAACCAGCAAGUACAUAAUUUAACAAUUGAAAUGAAAAAUCAUUAUGUUCCUCUAAAAGCAAGUGAAGAAAUGAAAAGGUCACAUGACGUAAUUGUUGAUGAUUUGAAUAAAAAGCUUUUAGAUGUAACACAAAAGUAUACAGAAAAGAAGUUGGAAGUGGAGAAAUUGCUGAUGGACAAUGAUAGUUUAAGUAAGAAUGUUAGCCACCUGGAAACUGUGUUUGUAUCUCCUGAGAAACAUGAAAAAGAGAUAAUGGCCCUGAAAUCCAAUAUUGUUGAACAAAAACAGCUGUCUGAACUUAAUAAAAAAUGUGGAGGAGACCAAGAAAAAAUAUACUCACUGAUGUCUGAAAACACUAACUUGAAAAAGACGAUGAGUCACCAGUAUGUGCCAGUUAAAACCCAUGAAGAGAUUAAAGCUGCACUGAGUAGCACGUUAGAUAAAACGAACAGAGAAUUACUAGAUGCGAAGAAAAAAAUUGAAGACAUAAAUCAAGAAUGUGUAAAAAUCAAAGAUGAGAAUGACACCUUAAAAAGAAACCUGGAGAACACUCAGAACCAGGUAAAAGCUGAGUACAUCAGCCUGCGGGAGCACGAGGAGAAGAUGAGGGCCGUUGGGAAGAGCAUGCAGAAGGUGCAGGAGAGCAGUGCUGAGGUGUUGGCUAACUACCAGAAAGGCCAACAAGAGAUUGUGACGCUGCAUGCUGAGAUCGAAGCCCAAAAAAAGGAACUCGACACAAUCCAAGAAUGCAUAAAACUGAAAUAUGCUCCCAUUGCCAGCUUCGAAGAGUGUGAGAAAAAAUUCAAAGCAAUAGAGAAAGAACUAAAAGAACAGAUAUCAGAGCAGGCACAAAAGUCUAAUGUCAGGGAAGAGGAGGCCAAAAAGUGCAAACAAGAGAAUGACAGGUUGAAGAAGGAGAUUUUCACUCUUCAGAAGGAUUUAAAGGAUAAGAACGUUCUCAUUGAGAAUUCUCAUGAGAAGGAAAGAUCAUUAAGCAGAAAAACAGAGGAGCUGAACAGACAGUUAAAAGACCUGUUACAGAAAUAUAACGAGGUAAAGAACGAGAAGGAGAAGCUAGUAGCAGAAAAUGCCAAACAGACUUCUGACAUCCUUACAGCUCAAACACUCUUGCAAAAGCAGUACGUCCCAUCGGACCAGGUCGAGGCCCUGAGACAGUCUCUUCACAGCACGAUUGAAAACCUGCAGGAAGAGCUGCAGAGUCAGCAGAGGCGCUACCAGAAAGAGCAGCAGGCAGUGACCAAACUGCACCAGAUGCUGGAGAACCAGAAGAACUCAUCUGUGCUUCUGGCGGAGCAUUUGCAGAUGAAGGAAGCAUUUGAGAAAGAAAUCAGAAUCAUAAAAGCUAGCUUGAGAGCUAAGGAAGAAGAAAGCCAGCACAAAGCUGAGGAAAUCUCCAAACUCCAGUCGGAGGUUCAGAGCACUAAACAAGCCUUAAAAAAAUUAGAGAUGAGAGAGGUGGUUGAUUUGUCUAAAUACAAAGCAACAAAGAGUGAUUUGGAGACAGAGAUUUCCACCUUAAAUGAAAAACUGGCCAAUCUGAAUAGAAAGUAUGAAGAAGUAUGUGAGGAGGUUUUGCAUGCCAAGAAGAAGGAACUGUCUGCAAAAGAUGAGAAGGAAUUACUGCAUUUCAGCAUCGAGCAAGAAAUCAAGGAUCAGCAGGAGCGAUGCGAUAAGUCCUUAUCCACAAUCACAGAGUUGCAGAAAAGAAUACAGGAUUCCGCGAAGCAGAUCGAAGCAAAAGACAAUAAGAUAACUGAGCUGCUGAACGAUGUAGAGAGACUGAAACAGGCGCUCAAUGGCCUUUCACAGCUCACCUACACGAGUGGGAGUCCCAGCAAGAGACAGAGCCAGCUGAUUGACACCCUGCAGCAGCAAGUGAGGUCCCUGCAGCACCAGCUGGCUGAUGCUGACAGACAGCACCAGGAAGUAAUUGCCAUUUAUCGGACACACCUUCUCAGUGCUGCACAGGGCCACAUGGAUGAAGAUGUGCAGGCGGCCUUGCUCCAGAUCAUACAGAUGCGACAGGGGCUCGUGUGCUAGCAGGUGGCCCCCGCCAGUCACCUCACUUGCUGGUGCUGAGCGCUGGGCUCCGACGGAACAGCCUUUCUGAGCCUUCCCGUGCGAGUGUAAUGGAAAUAAAAUAUUUUUUGUCCUAUCA